UCUGACUUGACGUUCGAGAAGAAUUGUCCGGGGAAUAAGAAAUGCCGUCCACCGCCGGAGGUAGCACAGCCAUGACGUCAACAUUCGUCAGGCGGUCGUAUACAACAAUGUCCGGGAUAAAGCUCAACUUUUGGAUUGUAACAUUGUAGCAAUUAACAUCAUCGUCGGAAUAACAGAAUCUCAAAAUGCCGUCUUAUCCAGGAUCCUGCUUCUGUCACAACAUCACAUACAAUCUCUCCCUUUCCUCCCCGGAUGAUGCCCGCACUUCCCUCUGUCACUGUGGUAGCUGCAAGAAAGCCUUCGGAACAAACUAUGGUCUAACCGCCAAGGUCCCCAAAGAUUCCCUGCACAUCACCUCCGGAAACCCCAAAGAAUACGUGGGAGACAAUGGGUCGGGGAGUAUGAUCCAUCGGGAGUUUUGUGGGGAUUGCGGGAGCUUUAUCUGCGAGUAUGGGGAUGCUGUCAAAAAUGACUUUCGGUAUAUUUGUGUCGGGUCACUGGAUGAUCCAGAGGUGUUGCCACCCAAGGGAGAAUUCUUCUGUCAGACUCGCGUGGGUUGGAUGCCUGAGAUUCCGGAUGUCUUUCAUAAGAAACAGAUUAAAGAGUGAUGGUUUGCUCCUGUCUCGAAUCUAGCCUGUUAGAGUUGUUCGAUUGGAUCUUCAUGUAUACUAGAUCAGCUAGCCAAUUCCGUCACACUCUUGAUCACCAUGUCAGGGGUUAUUAGUUUUUCCUGAAUAUGAAGC